AUGGCUAACCCAUGCCAUGUUAGAUCAAUUAGCUUGCCUUCCAGAUCCCAUCCUACCACUCUCAAAAUCCAAGAAGUGCUUAACAAGCUCAAAACAUUGGAGGCAUCAUCGACAUCAACAUUGGGGGCAAUCUGCAAUGGUCUAUCCAGACUGCUUUUAGAUAUUUGUGGCACUGUAAGGGAUGUAGUAUCAAAAUUUGAGGAAAAUGUUCGAGAUCUUCGAUCUGCACUCAGGAGGAAAAAAAGAGAUUUGUGUCGUGAAAGCAGCAUCAGCAAUUACAUUUAUUCAAAAAAGAAGAUGAACAAGGAUGCCAAAAAGUUGCUAGCAGCAAUGAAGAAGAUGGAUACAACAGCUGGGGCCUCUCCACUCUUGGAUCAAGAUCAGCAGCUCUCCACAGUGAUCAGAGUGCUCACAGAAGUUAAUGCAAUGAGCAUUUCUAUCUUCCAGUCACUUGUGUUACUCUUGUCCACACCAGUGUUGAAGUCAAAACCAAGUAAGUGGUGA